AGUUUGUUGACCGACGAGCCGGGAGCAGCUUUCCUCCUUCUCUCGCCGAAGAUGGCGGUGGCUGUAGGGCCUGGUUUGGGCGUUGAGGAGCUGAGCUUGUUGGAGAAGUCUUUGGGGUUGAAGAAGGGAAACAAGUACAGCAGCCAAGGAGAGCGGAAGAUUCCUGUGCUACAGACAAACAAUGGCCCCAGUCUGACAGGACUGACCACUAUAGCCAUGCAUCUAGUCAAACAAGCAAAACAGGACCAGUUGCUUGGGAGUACCGCAGAAGAGAAAGCAAUAGUUCAACAGUGGCUAGAAUAUAGAGUGACGCAAGUAGAUAAUCAGUCCAGUAAAGAAGAAAGUAGAAUCAUUCUGAAGGAUCUUAAUUCAUACCUUGAAGAUAAAGUCUAUGUUACUGGAAACAACUUUACGUUAGCAGAUAUCUUAAUGUAUUAUGGACUGCACCACAUCAUAGCUGACCUUACAGUGCAGGAGAAGGAGAAAUACCUUAAUGUGUCUCGCUGGUUUAAUCAUAUUCAGCAUUAUCCAGAUGUUGGAGAAAUAUAUUCCCGGCUUUUGGAUCACAGGCCAGUUAUUCAAGGAGAAAUCCGUUACUUUAUCAAAGAAUUUGAAGAAAAACGGGGCUUCCGAGAAGUGCGGGUUCUUGAAAACCUAAAGAACACAGUUUUUGAAGCAAAUGAUCAAACUCUGCCUAAGUGUGAACAAGUAAUGCAUGACAGUCUGAAUGAAGCACUCAGGAGAUUACAGGCAGGCAAUAACAUGAUCAACAGACUCCAGCAGAGAGACCAAGAAGGAAAACAGCUCCAGACAGAGAAGCUAAUGGCUGGUGAAAAACAACGGAUAGCCCAAUGGGAGGAAUUCCUGAAGGAACAGCACCACCUAAAAGCAGUUGUGGAUGAAGAGCAUGCCAAAGCUAUGGAGCGCCUUAAAGAACAGUAUGCCAUAAUGGAGAAGGAUCUGAUCAAGCACACUCUUUGAGUGCUCUCAUUUUACAGCAAGACUGCUCCCCAUUUGCACUAUCAUUGCUCACCUGGUUCCAACAUCUUCCAUUGCCAGCUCAGUAUCUCAGUUCAGACAACAAGGCAACAAUAAGAACUUUUUUAUAAAACCCUUGGUAUUAACUGAAAUGAAUUCGUGGAAAACAGUUGAACUGAAUGAUUUUUCUCAGCUUCUUAACAUUUCAGGUGUGUGUGCAGUAACAGCUAAUGAGGUUAGUUUUACUGUAUCCACUUGAAUUACCUGUUUUUCAGUAUAUCUGAUUCUACAUACAGUCAUUAUAAAGAAAUCCGUGUUGUAAGAGUGCAGGCUGGUGGAAGAUGGGCAUAAAUUUGGCUAGGGAGAGAAGAUAAGUAUUUUUGAGAAGUGAUGAACUGACGUAUUGCAUGAGGUGGAUUGUGAAAAUUAAAACCACAGGGUACCACAGAGUGAUGGAAGUAGACUUUGGUUGAUACUUAGCAUAAAAAAGUUGGAUUACAGAGAAAGCCAAAAGGUCUUUUGGAAGAAACAGUAUUUCUGACACCACUUCUUGCUGUUCAGAAAAGAGCAAAGUAUUUCACAAGUAUUGGUUCUUUUUGUCUUCUGUAUUUGUCUAACUGACAGUUCAACAUGUCUUACAAGAAAUGACUGCCAUGUUGAAGAGUUCACCUGAAGUCUGCAGAAGCAAAGUUAGCAUUGUUAGGGGAUAACAGCUGUCUUCUGUGAACACUGCAAAGAAGACUGUUUUGUUUGAGACAGGGGACUUUGUAUUAGUUUAUGUUCUUAAAAAGAGAUCAUAUAAUAGAAUAUGACCAUCCUGCUAUCAUUGUGAUAAUUUGUAUUAAAUAUUAACAUAAUGGAUUAAAAGCUUCUUGGUUAACCGUUUGUAAUUGAACUGUAACUAAAAAAAGAAAAGUAUCAAUAACAGGAUGAAAGUUGGGGCAAGCUAAAUGGGGGACAGGAAAAUUGAGUGUUAUUUUAACGGCUAGGCAGUGUGUAAAAUAGGAACAUGUAAAACAAAAUUACUCAUUAUCUGUAUUGCAAAUAGGCUAACAAUGGUUGCCUGUGUGAAUGUAUGGCUUGAUGUCAAGGCUCCAUCCUGGCAGCCUGUUGAUAAUGUGAUUAAAGCAAGCAGAGGAGAUGGAAUAAGUAUUUGUGAUUUCUUUCAAUAACACUGAACUUCUGCCAAGCUACUCCAUCCACUACCGUAAGGCUG